AUGCAGAAGCCCGAACUUCACACCAGAAGGAGGGAAUCCAAUUUACGAAUUAACAACGCCAAUGCGCAGCGUAUGAAGGAAGCAGGCGCUAUUAGCACAGCUUCAUCGCACCCAACCGCAGGUUGGGUGGUACCUUUUACGGUGGUGGAGGAUAAACCGUCCAGGCAGAGAAGGUGUUUCAUUGCUUUGCCAAGAGAAAAGAAUGCCCAGGAUGACUACGAGGCCGAUGUUCCUCUAGGACACAUUUCCCGAUACCUGGAUGCAGUUUACGAUGAAACCGCAACGCUUUUUGACCUAAAAGUAUCCUUCUUCCAGGUAGCUCUACCGGUUAACAUACGCGCAAGCUUUCGUUGCCGAACGGAAUCAGGGGAACUCGUUGAGUUCACUCGCCUUCCUAUGGGCUAUAAAUGCGGCCCAGAGAUUUUAAAUACCAUUACAAGAGUUUUGGCUGGUGAUCCGGAAUUGGUAUUGCCACAAUAUGCAGCACCACAAGAGUUACACAUACAUGUUUGGAUUGAUAACAUCAGAAUCAGUCGCCUACACGAAAAGGUGGAAGCUUGGGGAAAGCAAAUCUUGCACAACAUGCAACACUGCGGUGCUACCAUCGGAGAGCAGAAGCUCAAAACAAAGGAGUAUGAUUUCAUCGGGGUACAUUUCAAUCACAAAAACCACACGGUGUCUUCAAGCAAGAAAACAAUAAAGCGGUUACAACAGGCACCUUCUCUCGACAAAACGACAGUCGAAGAAUUGGAGAGUACGGUUUCGCGUAUGAUGUACGCAGGUGGGGUAAGGGGUGAAUCCCUUUUCCCCCAUUGUAUUUUCUUAAAAAUUGUACGUCGACGUUUGUCACGUUUAAAUCGAGGUUUAAUACGGCCACAAGACAAGGCAAAUUUAUCCUCAACGGCAAAGGACAUCGGACACAGUUGA